AUGCCAGUUUUGAAGGUGCUCCUGAUUACUGCCGUUGGCGUGGUUCUGGCAAUUGAGCGCUUGGAUAUUAUGGGGAAGCAUGCGCGAAUGCAUUUGAAUAAUGUAAAUACCAAUAUUGUUAUUGUUGAUAUAAAUGCAAGUCCGGAGGAUCAUACACCAUGCAAUCAAAAUCAAAGAACUAGUCUGAAGGAUCAUUUAGAUCUUGUGUUUUAUGUCUUGAAUCCAGCACUUGUUGGCAGCAACUUGGCGAAAUUCGUGACAUUAAAAAGGAUAGUUCAGCUUACGGAUUCUGAUGAAGCCACACAGGAUGCCGUACUAGAAGGGAUAGAGCCUGCUCCAGAAACACCAGAAAAUCUUCCAAGCACUCGAACAGGGUCCCUGCUUCCCUUAAAAGAGCCCUCACACAAUGAGGGCAUGAAGAACUUUGAGCUCGAUCGUGCAGUGUUGUCAGAGGGAAAGCCGAAGGUGCCAUUUCCAGAAAACAUUAAGCAAGUCUUUCAAGAGGUUCUAAAGAAACUUAACCUGAAGAGAGUGUUUUCACCUUCAAUUAAUGGAGCGAUUGUUGGAUUUAUAAUCGGUACUAUCCCUCCAUUCCGGAAAGUGCUAAUUGGUGAUAAUGCUCCUCUUCAUGUGAUUGAAGACUCUGCAUUCUUGCUUGGGGAGUCAGCUGUUACAAUUGCCACUUUGAUUGUGGGGGCAAAUCUUCUGAAGGGUUUCAACGGGUCGAAGCUGCCGAUCUUAGUGAUUAUCGGUAUAUCAGCAGUCCGUCCAUUUUGGCUUGCUGGACGCAGACCCACUGUACAAGUUUGUUCUGCUGCUUCAAUUUGCACUGCCUCCAGCAAUCAACAUAGGUACAAUGACCCAGUUGUUUGGAGCUGGCGAAACCGAAUGUUCGGUGAUCAUGCUGUGGACCUAUUCCUUGGCCACAGUUGCGGUAACGCUUUGGUCUGCAUUCUUCAUGUGGUUCGUCAGAUAACCCUCACUUCAACAUACACAUUCUGGGAAAUGCAUUAUUGCAUUAUGUGA